GCCCCCCCCAUCGCUGGUGCUGGGCUUGUGAUUGCCGCUCGCUCCAGCUGAGCUAAGAGUAGCAGCGGCAUCAGGGCAGGGACUGAUUCCAGCCCUUGGACUUAAGACAUCUUACCAUCUUACGUUGCGUGCGUGACUCAUUCGCACUCAUUUCUGUUUAUGCCUGGGGUGGGGAGAAAAAUCCCAAACCAGUCCCCAGCCCUUCCUCCCAGAGGCAUACACAGCCUGUACAUGAACCGCCUUGAAGCUGUGCAUGGACUCCCCUUUGCCCUGCUUCCUUGCACCCCCAGCUUGUCUGCACAUGGAUUUGUCAUCUCCUUUCCAUGUGAAAACACAUCUUACCACAUGAGCGACCUGCGACCUGACUACUUGGAAGAAUAAAGGUUACCAGCUGUGUAAAUGAGUAUGGAAGAUUAUGAUUUCCUGUUUAAAAUUGUUUUAAUUGGCAACGCUGGUGUGGGGAAGACGUGCCUAGUUCGACGGUUCACUCAGGGUCUUUUCCCCCCAGGUCAAGGAGCCACAAUUGGAGUUGAUUUUAUGAUUAAGACAGUGGAGAUUAAUGGUGAAAAAGUAAAGCUUCAGAUCUGGGACACGGCAGGUCAAGAGAGAUUUCGGUCCAUCACCCAGAGCUAUUACCGAAGCGCCAAUGCCUUGAUCCUCACCUAUGACAUCACCUGUGAGGAAUCCUUCCGCUGCCUUCCUGAGUGGCUGCGGGAAAUAGAACAAUAUGCCAGCAACAAGGUCAUCACUGUGCUAGUUGGCAACAAGAUUGAUUUGGCUGAAAGGAGAGAGGUCUCCCAGCAGAGAGCUGAAGAAUUCUCAGAAGCCCAGGACAUGUAUUAUCUGGAGACCUCCGCCAAGGAAUCUGAUAAUGUGGAGAAACUCUUCCUUGACUUAGCGUGCCGCCUCAUCAGUGAAGCCAGGCAGAACACCCUUGUGAACAAUGUAUCGUCCCCCUUACCUGGAGAAGGGAAAAGCAUCAGUUAUUUGACUUGUUGUAACUUCAACUAAAGGCUGAGGCACAGAGAAGCAAAAGGAAUCAGCAGCUGCCCCAAUGGGCCACAAAUUGCUGGGGAGACCUGGUGGGGACGGUGGCUCCUGCUCUCGGACCUUCUGACUCCUGAGUUUACAAAGCAUGCCAGGCCAAGGGCCUGGGCCACAGGCCGGCAUUAGCAGAACAUACGAUGGUUUCAUCCUUACGCAGUCUGGAGGCAGAGCGAGGAAAAGAUUGCGCUGGGCACUCCAUGACCUGCAGAGCAUGUUGCUUUUGUUUUUUUAAAAAGCAAGCAAAAGCGCAUUCCUGAACACAGUUUGGAGAAACCCCUCCUGCCCAUCAGUGGGUGCAUGUGGGGGGUGUUCUUUUUAGGGCUUCUGGGGGCCUUGGUUUUCUUGUCCACCAGAUAACCAAAAUUGGGGAGGCCAAGUACUGUCUCCGUGGUGUGUGUUGAAUAACCCCAUGGAGAUGUUGAAAAGUGUUAUUUCUCUUGUCCACAGGCACUUUCAAGAACUUUGGGAUGUAAAAAAUGAAAUGAAACCUUUACCCAUGACCAACAGUUAACCAUUAUUGUUUUAAUAAUAUAUACAAGCUCCACAACUCCUUUUGGUGCUAAUGAUUCUGCUGUUUCACAGACCAAUUGUUUUAGUACAUUUAUGUCCUUAAAUGUAUUUCAUAGAAAUAAAAAAAAUAAGGGAAGUCCAUGAAUCAGCACUCUUUCUCAAAGUCUCAUUACACCUUUUCUAGGGUGGAUUUUUUGGAGAAGAGAGUAUGUUCUUUUACGUUCCCCUCUAAAUCUUAACCAUUUUUUCAUCCUUCCUGUCCUUUAAGUGAAAAAAAAUGGUAGAUAAUAUUCUAAUAUAAAAGAUUAGCUCUAAGACAUUACAAGUGAGGAUGAGAAAAAAGACCGGAUCUGACCAAAAUACUGUGGACGACUGGACUGCAGUGGAGAGUUCCGGGCAGAGCACAGCCCUGGGCCCAGGCGCGUCUGCUCUCCGCACUAUCGAUCUUGGACAGACCAAGGCCUGGGAUUUUGUAGGUUUUUAGUAUAAGCGAAAAUAGCAACAGAUGCAAACGCUCACAAACCAUUUUUGUAUCUUCAAUGAUAACCUUAGAAAAUAUCUGCUUGUGGAGGCGGUUCAAUCGUCAUUUGUCAGCUCUUCUGUGUAGUAGUGUUACAUUUGGACAUGCAUUCUUUCCUGUUUCUUUUUUCUUUUCCUCUUUCUUUCCUGGCCUCUCCCUUCUUUUCCUCUCCCCUCCCUCCCUCUUCCAACUGCCUCCUUUCCUUAUAUGCAUGUUGCUGCACAUCUCCAGUGCAGAUGGAGGUGUAUAUGCCUUUACUUAGCCAAUUUUAAACCAGGACUCAAAAAUGGAAGACAUGCUGCUGAAUAUGUGUUAUUUCUUCAGUGCCAUAAUUUGAUACCGUCCAAUUUGUUUACUGAUAUAAAUGCAAAUUGGAAAAAUAAACCUGUAUGCUGUCAA